UGGGCUGAUUCAAUUAUUGACUCGAUCAAGUUAAGACUUUUACAGCGAGUUUUUGCAUGGCAUAUCACACAAACUCGCCGGUCCACUAAAAAACCUAAUAUUGAUCCUUUUGUUUAACUUCCUCCCCUUCCGUCUUGCCUUUCGUCUUCUUUCAAGGGCGAGACGGACUUGAUUGAUGGGCAACAUAUUCGUGAAGAAGCCCAAGAUCACGGAGGUGGAUCGAGCCAUCCUGUCUCUCAAGACACAACGCCGCAAGCUCGCUCAGUACCAGCAGCAGCUUGAAGUUGUGAUUGAAGCUGAGAAACAAGCUGCUAGGGACUUGAUUCGGGAGAAGAGGAAAGAUCGGGCAUUGCUUGCACUUAAGAAGAAGAAAACUCAAGAAGAGCUACUCAAACAAGUUGAUGGUUGGCUUAUAAACGUUGAGCAGCAAUUGGCAGAUGUUGAAUUAGCAAGCAGACAGAAAGCUAUAUUUGAAAGCCUGAAGGCAGGAAGUAAUGCCAUUAAGUCUAUACAAAGUGAGAUCAGUUUGGAGGAUGUUCAGAAGCUUAUGGAUGAUUCUGCUGAGGCAAAGGCUUAUCAAGAGGAAAUAAAUGCAAUCCUGGGAGAGAGUCUAUCUCCUGAAGAUGAGGAAGAGGUUCUAGCAGAGUUUGAGAAUUUGGAAACUGAGAUUACCCUCCAAUCCUUGCCUACAGUUCCUUCUCAGGCAUUAGAGCCUAUAGCUGAUUCCCAGGUCGAGAUCAAAGAAGAUGAGCUUAUCGAUCUUCCUGAUGUACCCUCUGGUGACAUCUCAAAGCAAGCAGCAAGAAAAACAAAAGAGGAGCCACUGCCUGCAUGAUACGAUCAUGCCAAAUAUUGCUCGUUGAUUUUUCCGUUGUCUUCUAUCUUCUAUAUCUCUCUGGAGUUGUAUGGAAUUGAAGUUCAGUUAAUGAUCCUACAGACUUCAGGACAUUUUAAAAACUGUCCCCCUCAAUGGUUUUUUUAGCCUCUCACUUGUACAGAGAACUUAAUUUAUUUUCAGUGAUGACCUUGAAAAUAAAAAUAUAAAGUUAUGUUAUUUCUGCUAUUCAA